AUUUUUUUUUCCCCACAAGAGAACUGAGACCUUCUCUUACUUCACCACACCAUGACUGACGCUGUCCUUGAAGCUGCCCGUGCCAACUACACUAAAGGCCUACAGUCCGUCAUCGACGCUAUGCGACAGUGUUCAGAGUACGCCGAAACCUAUAUGGCUGUUCUCAAUGACCCAGAAUCCGCCCCCCAUGCUGUCAACGGUACUCUCAAGCGUAAACGCGGCAAAGGGAAGGACGCAGACGAAGAAGCCGGUGGUAAACGGAAGCGCGUCAAGGACCCCAAUGCACCCAAACGUCCUGCUUCAUCAUACAUCAUCUUUCAGAACAAUGUGCGGCAGGCCCUCAAGCAGAAGCAUCCUGACCUAUCUCCGUCUGAAUUACGGACCUUGAUAUCUCAGGAGUGGUCGACACUCAAGGAUGAAGAUAAAGAGCAUUACAAGAAGGAGGCUGAGGCUGCCAAAGUCAAAUACACUGCACAGAAGGCCGCGUACGCUGCUCGGUCUCCCGAGGAAGUAGCAGCGCCAGCGGUUGACACUGCAAAGGAAAAGGCGAAGCGCGGUAGCAGUGCGACAAAGAAAGCCAAGAGUGCUGCAAAGGUUGUCUCGCGAGAAAGCACAGCGGAACCAGAUCCUGUCCCCGUACAACAACAAACGUCGUCUGCAGCUAUCUCUGACGAUAGCUCUGAAGAAGCCGUCUCAGAAGAAGAAGUGGAGGAAGUAGAAGACGAAGUGGAAGACGACGAGGACGAGGACGAAGAAGAAGAGGAAGAACCCGCCCCCAAGAAAACCAAAGUUAUUGAGAAGCCCAUUUUGAGGCAGAGCGGGAAGAAAUCGAAGUAGGACGCGCCCUGCCGGCUCGACCUGGUUCGUUCAUCUGCGUCGCGUCGUCAAAGUGGACGCUGUCUAGAGUCAUAAUGACACUAAUCUACAAUUACAACUCAUCUUAUUGUCUCUUCUUGUCUUCAUUAUCCAAGCUUACUACCUCUAUCUGUCCACUCCUUUCUCGCCACGAAGGCUGCUUACUACCCUGACUUCACUUCUGUUUUUCUGCUGCCAGGUCUUGUGAUUGGGAUCAUGACUCUGACUGCAAAAGUUCUGUUGCUCGAAAUCGUAGUUAAUUGUUGUAAUUGCGUAUUCAAUAUAUCUCGCUUAUUCUGUUCCUGA